GCCCCGCGCCACGCCACGCGCCCCGGCCGCGCCCGCCGCACGCUCCGCCCGCGGCUUGAGCCCAGCUGUGCCCUCUCGGCCUCGUGCGACACCGACGUCUUCCUCAUGUGAUAACACCGACCCAUCGAGACCCCCAUAACCCACGCGCCAGGUAUCGAGCGUCUCACUUUAGGGUUAAACGGAUAAUGGUGCAAGAGUCGAUCGCGGCUUUUAACUUCUUUUCUAAUCCUUUCAAAAAGUGAUCCCGUCCUCGAUGAUUUAUUUUUUCUUUGGAUUUGUAGUCAUUAUGCUAGAUCUCCCUGAAGUGAAGUUAACACAAAACUUCCGUUAAAUUAGCGAAAUCAUGGGAAAUUGUCGCGUAAAGCAGAACAAGAACAGUUAAGUAAGUCAUAAGAGUUACUUCCGCACCGGUGACCCUUAAUAUUAAUAAUUUACAUUACGGGAUUUGGCAAACGUCUUUAUUUUGGGGGAAUGGGUACUGUAAUGUUGAUGGUGUGUUUACAUUAUCACCUUAACGAGCUAUAGACGUCCCAGUGUAGUCGUUAACUGUCGUAUAGGCAGUGAAGUCUCCUACCUAACGCCAGCUGGAGUAUACAUAAAGAAGCGCCGCCGUCCAGACUGUAAACAUCACGUUCACAAGACACAGUUCAGCUAAACAGCCACACAUAAACAGAGGCGAACGAGCGCUGGCGCACGAGUCGGGAUGGAGUAGCGCGCGGACCAAUAAGCUGCCAAGCUGGAGGCGUUACGUCGCCACUCGCGACAGAUCGCCGCGCGCCGCACUCGCCGUGUGCAGUUCUCGGAGCGCACGCGGGAUGGCGCGCGCGGCGACGGCGCUGAGAGCGGCGGCUCCGAGAUGUCCAACGGCAGCGGCGGCGGCGGCGACUCCUCGCGCCGCCCCUCCACCUGCCGCGUGGAGAUGGGCGCGCUGCUGGCGCCCGAGCCGCGCCCGCCCGACAACAAAGUCAAGAGGCACAGUAUACAUGGCAUGACAGAGGAGGAGAACGUGGUGCGGCCGCACCAGGAAAUGGCAGUAUUGUCGCUGGACGAGAAAAAGUUCCUGUUGGGAGUGGAGCGCGGCGACGUGGCGGGGACGCGGCGGGUGCUGCAGCGCGCGCGGGACUGUGGCCACAUCAACGUGGACUGCGUGGACCCGCUGGGCCGCAGCGCGCUGCUGAUGGCCAUCGAUAACGAGAACCUCGAGAUGGUGGAACUGUUGCUGGAGUUUGGCGUGGAGACGCGCGACGCGCUGCUGCACGCCAUCUCCGAGGAGUUCGUCGAGGCCGUGGAGGCGCUGCUCGACCACGAGGAGCGGACGCGCAAGCCGGGGGAACCACAUAGUUGGGAAGCACUACCACCGGAGACAGCGACAUUUACAUCGGACAUCACGCCGUUGAUCUUAGCGGCCCACCGAGAUAGCUACGAGAUCAUCAAGUUGCUAUUAGACCGCGGCGCCGCACUGCCUGUACCACACGACGUGCGCUGCGGCUGCGACGAGUGCGUGCGCUCGCGCAGAGAAGACUCUUUAAGACAUUCGCGCAGCCGCAUCAACGCGUAUCGCGCGCUAGCCUCGCCGUCGCUUAUUGCGUUGUCUUCUAAGGAUCCCAUCCUCACGGCGUUCGAGCUAUCCUGGGAGCUACGUCGCCUCUCGGCGCUGGAGCACGAAUUCAAGACAGAAUACCAGGAAUUGCGUGCGCAAUGCCAGGAGUUCGCCACUGCGUUGUUGGACCACACGCGGACUUCACACGAACUGCAAGUGUUGUUGAACCACGAGACCGGGUCGCCGCAAGCGCCGCUCACUGAGCCCGGCGCGCCGGAGCGCAUGCGCCUCUCGAGGCUCAAACUUGCCAUCAAACUUCGUCAGAAGAAGUUCGUGGCUCACCCAAACGUGCAGCAGCUGCUAGCAUCCAUCUGGUACGAAAGCGUGCCGGGAUUCCGUCGCAAGAACAUGGUCCUCCAGGCAGCGGAGAUGGUCCGCAUCGGCGCUAUGUUCCCACUCUACUCGCUGGCGUAUAUAGCCGCGCCACAUUCUGCAGCCGGCCGUACACUGAGGAAACCCUUCAUCAAGUUCCUCGCGCACUCCGCUAGCUACUUCAUGUUCCUCUUCCUGCUGAUCUUAGCAUCGCAGCGUAUUGAGACGGCGGCGGGCGGAUUGUUCGGCAGCGUGCCGAACAACGACAAGCCUCUGUCACGCCGCGGAGCUCCGCCAUCACUAGUGGAAUGGCUUAUACUCGCGUGGGUCAGCGGGUUGAUCUGGAGUGAAGUAAAGCAGCUGUGGGACAUGGGCCUCCGGGAGUAUGUGCACGACAUGUGGAAUGUCAUCGACUUCGUCACCAACUCGCUGUACGUGGCUACCGUCGCGCUGCGUAUUGUCUCGCACUUUCAGGUCCGCCGCGAGAUGGCGCAAGGGCUCCAAUGGAACCAGCCUCGCGAGAAGUGGGACGCAUGGGAUCCGAUGCUGCUCUCUGAAGGAUUGUUCUCCGCAGCCAACAUCUUCAGCUCUCUCAAACUGGUGUACAUCUUCAGUGUCAACCCUCACCUCGGGCCGCUCCAAGUGUCCCUGAGCCGAAUGGUGCUCGAUAUUUUGAAGUUCUUCGUCUUGGAUAUAUUAGUCAUAUUUGCGUUCUCUUGUGGCUUGAACCAACUGCUGUGGUAUUAUGCGGACAUGGAGAAGAAGCGAUGCACUACAAGCAACACCUUGGCCACGCCAAGCGGCACCCUUCCAGAUCCAGAUGCGUGUAUCGUGUGGCGCCGGUUUGCUAAUCUGUUCGAGACCAUGCAGACACUAUUCUGGGCGGCGUUCGGGCUGGUCGACCUUGACUCCUUUGAACUGGAUGGCAUCAAGAUAUUCACGCGCUUCUGGGGCAUGCUCAUGUUCGGAACGUAUGCCGUCAUCAACGUCAUCGUGCUGCUUAACCUCCUAAUUGCCAUGAUGAAUCACUCUUACCAGCUGAUAUCGGAACGCGCGGAUGUGGAAUGGAAGUUCGCGCGCAGCAAACUGUGGAUCAGCUAUUUCGAAGAGGGCGGAACGGCGCCUCCGCCCUUUAACGUGAUCCCAUCGCCCAAGUCUGCCAUUUACGCCUGGGGCUGGUUGCAGCGCCGCCUUUGUGGCCAGACGAGGGCCAAACGCGAGCAUAUGCGGACUAUACGGAGAAAAGCCAAGCAAGCCAAUGAGCGAGACUUCCGUUAUCAGGCCAUAAUGCGGAACCUAGUUCGUCGCUACGUCACAGUGCAGCAGCGUCGCGCGGAAUGCGGCGGCGUCACUGAGGAUGACGUCAACGAGAUCAAGCAGGACGUCAGCGCCUUCCGCUGCGAGCUGGUGGAGAUCCUGCGCAACUCCGGCAUGAACACUUCUACUGCUAACGCUGGUGCGCCCGGUGGCGGUGGCGGUAAAAAGAACCGUCAGAAGGAGCGUCGUUUGAUGAAAGGAUUCAACAUCGCACCGGGCGGAACUCUCGCGCCAGUGGACGAGUUCUUGGCGUCACUACACCACGAACAUGGAGGGGCACACGGGGCGGCGCAUCACGCGUCUCUAUCGGCCUUGUUAGGUGGUAGACUACGGGCCAGUCAGUCUAGUCUAUCUGACUCAGCGUCCGCCGCGCCGCAGCGUCGUAAGCCGCAGCCGCAUAAACGUCGUUGGGGCACCAUCAUUGAAGCGGCUCGAGCGGCACGAGUGUCUAGACUCAUUGGUCGAUCUCGUUCGGAGGAUUCUGUUUGUGAUCACGCUAGGCAGUCGCCGAGCGGUAGUGAGCGAUCGGACUCGGGCAGCGACUCGCAGCGCAGUCCGGAGCGCGGGUCGCGGGGCUCACGAGGCAGCGGUGCGCUGCACCCGCUCAGCGCGCUCGCAGCGCUCAAGCGCAAGCGCAAGAAGUUCUCCGACUCGCGGCGCGCGGCGGAGGAACGCGCGCGGGCGCCACCAGAAUCCUUACAACGAGCUAGUUCUGUACCCGCGCGGCCUACAGCGUACGUGGCACCGCCUCCCACUUCCCUAACAACCCCCGCUCCGCCCGUGCAUCGCCCGCCGCCAGUGGAGCCCGCCCCACAGCCCGACACAGCCUCUGCGAGGGGUGGUAGUCGCGAACCCCUGCUUGCAAGUCUCGAUGAUGAUGCGCACAAGCAGGAGGCGUGCGGUCAGUGCGGGUGCGAGUCGUCGGGCGCGGCGCCGCUGCCGGCCCGCUGCGGGCGCUGCGCGGCGCUGGCGCGGCUGGCGGGCGUCACGCCGCUGGCCGGCCACGCGCCGCACCACUCCGCCGGCUGGCUGUAGCGCACGCACGCCGCGGCACCUUGCUAGCUCGGACGAUAAGUGGCUGGUAAACCAGUCUUGAGAUCGUCUUACUUUUGACAGCUCGAGCAGUAUAUUGGUUGUUGGAUCCGUCGGUAAACUGGGCCAUUAUGUUGUUUCAUUGGUCGGUGAUCCCUUCGUUAAAUUGUAGUUCCGAAAAUAUGUCGCGUAGAUUAAUUGACAAACCAAUAAUCAACAAAAUUAUAAUGAAAUUAAUGCCUUUAUCCAAUAUACACUUCUCAUCAAAAAAAUCGAAACACCUUGCAAGUUUACGUUUUGUCAGGAUUAUCAGAAAAAUGUGUACAUUUAGGAAUAAAUGUUAAAUGUCGUUUAAUAGUGAGUAAUAUGAGCUUAUCAAAUCUUAAUGUUAAUGUUCUAAAUUUAAAUGAAUUUGUCAUAGGUUUCGUAUUUUGUUAAAUGAGUCAUUUUUAUUCCGUAUGGAGUAUAAAGGAAAUGGAUAAAACAACACACGUAAAUGAAAAAAAAAGCUAAAAAACGUUUAUUUAAUAACUUGUAUUCCCUCCCCGAGCUCUAAUUACUGCUUCCAUACGGUUCUUCAUCGAUCGGAUGAGAGUCACGAUCACAUGCUGUGGUAUAUUGUCCCAUUCCUCUUGGAUUGCAUCUUGCAGCUGGCUAAGUGUUUCUGGGGCAGGAUCUCUUGCUCGAAUUCGUCUCUUUAAUUCAUCCCACAGAUGUUCAAUGGGAUUCAUGUCCGGGCUUCUUGCUGGCCAUUCCAUAAUAGAGAUAUCGACUUCGUUAAGAUAAUCUCGUACGACGCCCGCGGUGUGAGCCCUAGCAUUGUCGUGCAUGAAUAUGAAGCCGUUGCCAAUAAAAUGUGCAUAGGGCAUCACAUGAGGCUCGAGACACUCUUCGACGUACCGAUGACAGUUUAGUGCAGGCAGACGUGGCCCAGACACGAAAGCAAGCUCUGUCUUACCGUCGGCGCUGAUUCCUCCCCAAACCGUCCACGAACCGCCACCAUAGCUGACCUUUUCUUCAAUGCAGCAUUGUGCAUAGCGUUCUCCGUCUCUUCUGUAGACCUUGUUCCUUCCGUCGUUACCAUACAGCAUAAUUUUACACUCAUCAGAAAAGAGAACUUUGCUCCACUGUAGGUAUGACCAAUUUAGGUGCUCACGUGCAAAGUUAAGGCGCGCUCUUCGAUGGUCUGCAGUUAAUUUCGGCCCAUUUGCUGGCUUAUGCGGUACCAGUCCACGAUCCUUCAACCUUCUUCUAAUUGUAGAGUCACUUACAGCCACCCUUCGUACAACACGAAGCCGCUGCUGCAGUUGAAAAGCGUUAAGGCGUCGAUUUCUUAAAGAAGUUGUUACAAUAAAUCGAUCAUCUCGCUCAGAAGUGACCCGAUUCCUGCCAGAUCCUGAACGGCGCGUGAACAAACCAGUCUCCCGAUAACUUUUAUAGACUCUAUGAACAGAUGACAGGCUUAGAUGCAGUCUUGCAGCCACAACACGCUGACUAAGGCCAGAAUCCAGCAAUGCCGCAACUUGGGCGGCUUCUGUGGGCGAAGUAUCCAUACGUUUUAGAAAAAAAAAACCUUUUUUCAGACGUCCCAAAGUCACAGUAUUGAAAUAAAAAACAAAAAGUUUAAGGAUAGGCGCCAAUUUUUAGUUUUUAAACGCUAAAUGUACUCCAACCCUAAACACACAUUUGUCUCAAAACAGUGAUUCAUUUCGUUUAUAAGAUAAACAAAUGAAAUUCUAAUUUUGAAUUUAGAAUUUUCGCUUAUUACUGUAAUGGCCAAACUGCCAGCUAUACAUUUAUGUAUUUUUUUUCAUCGUAUGAAUUCUUUUUUGUGUUAAAUUCGGACAGAAACAAUGAAAACGGAAGUGUUUCGAUUUUUUUGAUGAGAAGUGUAUAUAUAAGCAGGUGAUGGCGAACAGGCCAGUUACAGCGUUUAGUUAUCGUCCGAUGCUAUGAUAAAUGUUAUGAGCUUCGAAAGCACAAGUAGUAGUGAACACGCGUCAGUUUUGCGUAGCUCCUAGGUAAUUUUAAACAAGAACAUAUUCUAUCGAACACCAACUAGAUAAGUAGACAUCAACGAAAUUUUAAACUAUCUACGUUUAAGCUAGCCAAGUAAGUAGGUAAUUAUUUUAUAUACGAGUCGUGAGUAAUAAAGAUAUAUGAUAUUAUAACGAGUUACUACUUAGGCGUAAAGAUGUGUUCCAGAAGUUUUCCAGUACUAAUUUACUCGACCGACGCACAGUACAGCUAGUAUAGAAAAUUAACUCGUAAGGAGGAACAACAUGAAACAGGGAUUUAUACUGACACAUGUAAUACCUUUCCUAAUGUAACCCAAACACCCUGAUUUAUACAAGACACUAUUAGCUAUAUACUUUUAGAUAAGCCGUAGUGAUAUAGAUAGGUUUAUGAAAGCGAUAUCAGAUAUUUGUUUUACAUUUUGAUAGAGAAAAGCAAUCAUAUUGUUGCAUAUAUUACGUACUACAAGAGUUAUAUUUAUUGUCAUAUUAACUCAUUUUAGCACGGGGAAGAACCGACUGGCUUCAUAGAAGUUAAGGCACAAAUUUGACGAAUAUACCUAUACAACUUUUACCUAUAUACCUAUAACGACCAGCAUAUACUGUAGAAGUAUUUUGAAGGUAACCGAUUCUUCCUUGCGCCUCAUCGCCUUUGGUCCCAGAUGGUGUAGCAAGACUGCCGUACUUUACUAUGAGAAUAAAUACCUAAAAUAGAAGUGAAGGUAUCAUCGAUCUUGCGUCGGUUUUCACAAUUAACGCAUAAAUAUUUUGUAAUAAAUAGACAACAUAAUCAAAAGUAACCGAGAUUUGACUUCUUUCUUCUUCUUCUUCGUUCAUGUGUUUGCAUAAAGAAUAUUAGUAAAAUUGACCUAGUAGAUCAUUCACCCAUAAUUAAAUUCGUAAGGAUAAAUUAGAGCCAGAUCUUGACCUUAAUUCGUUUCUAUAUCUAUCUAUACGUUUACGAACACCCUACGCGUAUUUAUUCAAUUACUAGCUGUUACCCGUAACUUCUUUCGCGUAAUAGAAGUUACUUCCUUAAGGGUUAAAUUUCACAAAAUCCCGUCUUUGUCACCUGCGUUUUAAAAGAAACGCCCAUGCAAAAUUUGAGACUUCUAGCACUUGUAGUUUCUGUGAUUACGUGAUUUUUCAUUUUCAUUAUUAUUUACUCAGUCCUACUACAUGGUCUGGACCAGGGCAUGUCCGGUAACACGGGGUCUUACUCAGUCCACAGUCGCGUCAUAUCGUCCCACAAAGUGCGUGCUAUGUGUUAUUGUAGGUACGCCGCGCUUGCACUGCCACUGCAUGGAAUUGAUAUUAUUAUAUUUAGAAUAGAAUUACAUUUAUAAAAGUAUUGAAAAAACGCCUCUUUAAAGGCAUAGCUUAUAUUUCGACUUUUCACCUAAGAAUACUAUAGAAAUUAGACUGGUAAUUUGUUGUUACUUUUUUAUUAAUUUUAUAUUCCUUUUUCAAAUAGAAUUUUCAAGUUGAGAUUUUUUGUAAUUGUGUUAAAGGGCGUCGACAGACUAAAGAUCGGCUUAAGCCAUUGGUUGAUCUUUAGAAACUCUUUGAAAAAAAAAAGCAAUUUUGGAUAUUCCCACAUGCAUUUAAGGUUGCCUCGUCGUGAUCUCAAGAUAAUGAUACCUAGAGGCUUCCAACACCCACGUGUAAGAGUAGAAUAACUUUAGUGGCACUGUGAGCUCGGCAUGGCUUCUGAGAUGGUCAAGGUAUUAUAGCGCAACGGUUAGUUUAUUUUAUAAAGUGUAUUUGUAGGUACCCAAUUCGAUUAUGUUUAAUAUUUUUACUGCGCUCUGCUUCCUUGGCACAGUAACCACGCCGCGCGCAACGCGAAUUAUAUCGAGGCCUUCGACCAAUAGCAGUACGACGUUUAUCUGCAUAGAUAGCAUUCGCUGCGUCUAUUAGUCGAAUCUCUCGAGCGGCGCGGUUGCUGUGCCGAGGGGGCUGACACUUCUAAAAUAUCUGAAGUUGGGAUAUUAUAUAGGUACACAAGUCAAUUUAAAAUAAAAUCAACCAUCUUCAUGUUUAGAGGUGUCAAAUCGCGAUUUCAAUAAAGGACAAAGGACGAAAUUUAUAAUACCUAAUAAACAAACAAAACAGAAACAAGCAAAAAUAAAGACUGUCACUACAGGCGGCCUUAUUGCUAAAGCAGCAAUUUCUUCCUGGCAACCUAUCUACGACGUGGGUAGCAUCGGCUACGUUUAUUAGUUCAAGCACGCGUUAUUUUUCGCUUCUAUGUCGAUAGGGAAUACGAAGAUAGGAGAUAGUAUUUAAAAUAAUAAGUCCCAUUAACUGGGUUAAAAACCGCCUUGCCUUUAACACUUUGGUCAUCUCAAGAGUCUUAAUAUUAUUAUCAUUGAGAUGGGUACGUGUUUAUCUAGUAAUAAUCAGAGGCCUUGUCACUCGUGUUUAGUUGUCGAUCGAUUAUAUUUUGUAAAGAAUUGUUAUUUAAUUAUACAUUAUAUUUGUAUAUAAUGGUGCGAUCUUUAAUAAAAUAAGCACUACGUA